UUCCAAAUUUGUGGCAAGCAAACUUACCACUAGCUCUGCGGUGGGCAUGGGGCCAGAAGGCUAAAUUAUGCAAACGAAGCGCCACUGGAGUGGCAAGCAAUAUUACUGAAGGAUUUGUAUGAUGCUCCUGCAACAGCCCCUUUUGCUGGUCGGAUCGGAUUUGCUGCUAUCGGGCCGCUGGUAUUUAUUUCUCACCGUUCGGGUCCAAAACGAGAACAGCUUGAUAAAACGGCAACCUUAAAACUCUAAUCUUAGCCAGCAGUAUUCGUCUGAACGAUCAUGAUGUUUAGAGUUCCUGCAGCUUGGACUAAAACUCGAAUUUUUAAGAACCGUUUUGUUACCCAUUACCUGUUUUCGAGCCUUUAACGCUUGAGGGACACGUGUAACACCCUACCUUAAUUUGAGACGUGCCACCGUAAAAUUCUCGUGCUGGUGGAAGUCACGAUCGGCCAUGAGGAAUCCCUUAAUAAGCGGGUCGAGCGCAGCGUGCAGACAUACAUCGACAUGAGGAUCUCCGUCGUUCUUGUCCCCUGCGUCUUGUUGGUGGCCUCGUUUGGCCUAACCCACCAAGCGAAUGAUCCGCUCGCAGUGCCGUGGGCAAGCAGACAGGGUCUCCUCAAGAGCUGCAUCGCUUCCUCCCAGGCCGUCACCCACUUCCCCCAGAACGUAGUCAACGACCACAACAACUCCCUCACUGCCCUGCUGCGAAGCUACGCCAACCGCCGCCAGACGCUGCUGCUUAGCGGCUACCUGUCCGGAAUGUUAGAGUGCGGAAAGGCCACCGCCUCCUGGCAGCUUGGCUCCUUGGUGGGUGAUGUCAUGCUUUGCGUGGCUCUGUCCAUGGCCGCGGGCAAGUAAUCCUAGUAAUAAAGGUGUUGAAAAUUUACCCGUUACUGUGUUUUCCUCCUUUGAUAAAAUGUAAACCUGGUGCACUCCGGGCAAACAACUUCGUCAAAAUUUGUACACUGUUAUUUCAAGGGUAUUUCUUGUUAUUUCAAGGAAACUGUACACCCAAAUUCAAGUUGUUUGCCCCUCGGUGCACUCCUAAGUAAUACCUACAUUGACACAGCAAAAAAUUCCGUGGUUUGGUACGGAAAAUGGGGUAUGGAAAAGGCACGGACCUUCCGCACUGGUUCUCUGUAGUCUCCAUAAGGAUCUCAUGUAAACUGGUUCGGGAAACAUGUACAGAACUUCUGUGGUUGUCAAGGUACGGACGGUCCAGGUAAAAAAUUGAUCAGACACGUUCCGUACUUUCUCCGUAUUUUUUCUACCAGUGGAUGUAAGGUAGAGUAUUCGCCAGAUGAAAUCGGCCCCUUCUAGGAAAACCAUGAUAACUGGUUAGGGUGCAAGGCACCAUCUUAACGCUCUCAAAGAGAGACACAGCGGCUAGCGCAGUAGGCAUAGAAUCUUUCACCACAACCGCCAGGGAGAGAACUUUCGAACUGCAAUGAGAACUGUGGGAAUGCCGACAUCCUUGUCCUAACUACGAAG